AACUAGAGAUAAACAAGUGAGGAUUGGAAAAAUCCGCUAGGUGUCGCUAAGGGCAGCGCGUUGUUUUGAAGGUUAUGUUUACAAAAUCGAUGUUUGCCUGUGUUUUUUAGACGUUUCUAAUCGUUAUAUUUAACUUUUUUUAAUCAUGGACGCUGAUUUGUAUGAUGAAUUUGGAAACUAUAUUGGUCCAGAAUUGGAAUCAGAUGAUGAAGAAGAGGAGGAAGAAGAAGAGCGUAUGGAAGUGAAUGAUGGACGAGAUUAUGAUGAUGAAGACAGAGAUGAAGAGAAUGAGAACUCAAUGGCUGUUGUGCUUCAUGAAGAUAAACGGUACUAUCCAUCUGCAGUAGAAGUAUUUGGGCCAGAAGUUGAAACAAUAGUGCAGGAAGAAGAUACGCAGGCUUUAAGUGUUCCACUCGUAGCGCCCGUGAAAAAGAAAAAAUUUCAACUGAAAGAACAAGAGUUACCAGAAACUGUCUACAACAUGGAAUUUUUAGCGGAUAUGAUGGAUACGCCUGAUUUGAUCCGUAAUGUAGCUCUUGUUGGUCACCUUCACCAUGGCAAAACUACACUCAUCGAUUGCUUGAUCCGUCAAACGCAUCCCAGAUUCCAAGACUUGAAAGAUGAAAAAAACCUACGUUAUACAGAUACCCUUUUCACCGAAUCUGAAAGAGGCGUCAGCAUAAAAGCUACGCCUGUAACGCUUGUCUUACCUGACGUCAAACAAAAAUCCUUCUUGAUGAAUCUAUUUGACACUCCAGGACAUGUUAACUUUUCGGAUGAGGUGACUGCCGCGAUGCGACUUUGUGAUGGUGUCGUAAUUUUUGUGGAUGCUGCUGAGGGUGUCAUGUUAAAUACUGAACGGUUAAUCAAGCAUGCACUUCAGGAAAAGAUGGCCAUCACUCUUUGCAUCAAUAAAAUAGACCGGUUAAUGCUUGAAUUGAAACUUCCCCCAGCAGAUGCUUACUACAAAAUCAAACACAUUGUGGACGAAGUCAGUGGUCUUAUCAGCUUGUACACAGACCCAGAAAAUCCUCUCACCAUUUCUCCAUUGGUCGGUAAUGUCUGUUUUGCAUCCACCCAGUAUGCAGUUUGCUUCACCCUUCAUUCAUUUGCUAGUCUCUACGCCCAGUCCUACCCGAGCGUAAAUCCAAAGGAGUUCGCAAGACGUCUCUGGGGUGAUAUGUAUUUCAACCCAAAAACGCGAAAGUUCUCGAAGAAACCUCCCCAUGGGAGUGCGCAGAGGAGUUUUGUAGAAUUUAUUUUGGAGCCUUUAUACAAAUUGUUUGCACAAGUUGUGGGAGAUGUGGACACCACUUUACCUGGAGUUUUAGAUGAAUUAGGGAUCCGACUCACCAAAGAAGAAAUGAAAAUCAAUAUUAGACCUCUUUUGCGGCUAGUUUGUGGACGAUUUUUGCAAGAUUUCAGUGGUUUUGUGGAAAUGUGUGUUCAACAUAUACCAUCUCCCGUUGCCAAUGCUGCAAACAAAGUGAAUUCAGUUUACACAGGUCCAACUGACACUCCUCUAGCAGAAGAUAUGAUAGCAUGUGAUCCGAAUGGAACUCUAAUGGUGCACAGUACAAAGAUGUACCCGACGGAUGAAUGCACAUUCUUCCAAGUUCUAGCAAGAGUGAUGAGCGGCACUUUGCAUGCAGGUCAAGAAGUCAGAAUCCUUGGAGAAAAUUACACUUUGACGGAUGAAGAGGAUUCUCGAAUUUUAACAGUGGGAAGGCUGUGGAUAUACGAAGCCAGAUACAAAGUUGAGCUGAACAGGGUACCAGCCGGAAAUUGGGUUUUAAUCGAAGGAAUCGAUCAGCCCAUUGUCAAAACAUCAACAAUCACGGACAUUAACACAAGAGAAGAUGUGUAUAUUUUCAAACCUCUCAAAUUCAACACGCAAUCUGUCAUUAAAAUUGCAGUGGAGCCUGGAAACCCUUCAGAGUUACCGAAAAUGUUAGAAGGGUUGCGAAAAGUGAAUAAGUCUUACCCUCUCCUCGGCACCAAAGUUGAAGAAUCGGGUGAACAUGUAGUCCUCGGCACUGGAGAAUUGUAUUUGGAUUGUGUGAUGCAUGACCUCCGGAAUAUGUACUCUGAAAUUGAUAUCAAAGUAGCUGAUCCUGUUGUAGUUUUUUGUGAAACUGUAGUCGAAACGUCCUCAUUGAAAUGUUUUGCUGAAACUCCAAAUAAACGAAAUAAAAUUACAAUGAUUGCUGAACCUCUUGAAAAAGGCUUAGCUGAGGAUAUUGAAAAUCAAGUUGUAAAUAUUAAUUGGAACAAGAAACGUAUCGGAGAAUUUUUCCAGUCUAAAUACGACUGGGAUUUGCUAGCUGCUCGUUCGAUUUGGGCUUUUGGACCUGAUACGACAGGACCAAAUAUCCUUGUGGAUGACACCUUACCCUCAGAAGUAGACAAGGCACUGCUUGGCUCAGUGAAAGAUUCCAUCGUUCAAGGUUUUCAGUGGGGCACGAGAGAAGGUCCACUAUGUGAGGAGCCAAUCAGAAAUGUCAAAUUCAAAAUUUUAGACGCUGUCGUAGCCUCUGAACCACUGCAUAGAGGAGGAGGUCAGAUUAUCCCAACAGCAAGAAGAGUCGCUUAUUCUGCCUUCCUGAUGGCCACCCCUCGUUUGAUGGAGCCGUAUCUCUUUGUAGAAGUCCAAGCACCAGCCGAUUGCGUUUCAGCCGUCUACACUGUCCUUGCAAAGCGAAGAGGUCAUGUGACGCAAGAUGCUCCCGUCCCUGGGUCACCGCUAUACACGAUCAAAGCCUUCAUUCCAGCGAUUGAUUCCUUUGGCUUUGAAACAGAUUUGAGAACUCACACCCAGGGUCAAGCCUUCUGUCUGUCUGUAUUUCAUCACUGGCAAAUUGUCCCCGGAGAUCCGCUGGACAAGAGUAUUUUGAUCCGACCCCUAGAGCCGCAGCCAGCAACACAUCUAGCUCGAGAAUUCAUGAUCAAAACUCGUCGGCGGAAAGGACUCAGUGAAGAUGUCUCGAUCAACAAAUUCUUCGACGAUCCUAUGUUGUUAGAAUUGGCGAGACAAGAUGUCUUGCUCAACUACCCCAUGUAAAUCUUACCCAUUGAAUCUAAAUUUACAGAUGUUCCUUGUAAAUAUAAAUGUAUGUGUACUAUAAAAAUAGAGCCAUAAAUUCUCUUUUUUUACUUAAAGAA